AUUCAUAUCAGCUCCAGGCAGAAUUUGCAGUAUGGUUGGCUGGCUUAUAUGUUGGGAGAGAGGGCUACCAAAAAGUUCACUGAAUACAGCAAAAUCUUUACAGUGGAGGGAAACCUAUCGUCUGGGAAGGGCAAGCUUGCAAAACAAAUAGCAGAAAAACUAGGAAUGAAAUACUUCCCAGAAGCAGACAUCCAUUACCUAGACAGAAUCACAGGAGAUGGAACGCUGCUGCACGAGAAAUUUAAUGGUUUCUGCAACCUAGAGAGAUUUUAUGAUGAUCCAAAAUGCCCAGAUGGACACUCUUACCGCCUGCAAGCUUGGCUGUUUGGUAACCGUGUUUUACAGUAUGCUGAUGCGUUGGAGCAUUUGCUGUCCACAGGACAAGGUGUGGUGAUGGAGCGCUCUCCCUACAGCGACUUUGUGUUUCUGGAUGCGAUGUUUAAACAAGGCUAUAUCCACAAGCGAUGUGUUGAUCACUACAAGGAGAUCAAAGAGAUCAGCAUUUGUGAAUUCCUGCAGCCUCACUUGGUCAUUUAUAUAGAUGUUCCUGUCCCAGAGGUGCAGAAGAGGAUUCAAGAGAAAGGCAAGCCAUAUGAGAAAAAGGUGUCUCCUUCGUAUCUCCAGAACAUUGAGGAUGCUUACAAGAAAACCUUCUUACCAGAGAUCAGGUUAGCAAAUCAAAAUGUUUUGUCUGUUAAGUCUUUGAAUGAAAAUAUGUGCAAAUCCUAA